ACUCUGACCCUCACCCUACUUGGUCCGCCUACCAGUGGGACGCGCUGGUGAGGUCGGAGGUGACUUCACCUUGGGGCCCCACGGGUCGCCUCUGUGGGAGAUAGAGAGAGAGCGCGGGGGAGCCGCCGCAACAGGGAAGAUCUUUUGGGGAGAGCCCCAAAGAAAUAUCUGACCGAGCUCGCCGGCCGCCGACGAUGGAGCUCGAAGGAAGACGACAUCCUCCUUUUGCUUUGUUUUCUUCCUCUCCUUUUUUGUUUCCCUACUUUUUCUUUAUGAACUCGAAAACGGAGCAGCUACAGUGCGCGUACUUAUCCGCUUGCAUGGGACGACAAAGCCACGUGCCGAUCAGCACCAUCCAUUUCUGCCCCCCGGAGCCACAACGUCGCGCGGCCCUCGUGCCGAGGACACCCCCCCCCGCACGCCGUCUGAGCUUUUUAUCCAGUUACUUGUCGGCCGGCAAACUCCGCCUCUGUCUUCUUCCUCGUCCUUGCCACCGUCAUAUCCCGCUCUACCCACCGCCGCUGCCAAGGUGGACCGUGAGCCACGGUUAGCGGGACCGUGCGCCGAUUUCACAAGCAGGAUGAGCUGCCAAGCAGGAUAAUUCUUUUGUCACCAAAGAAUUAGCUCGCUAGUCAAUGCCGGACAAGACUGCCAGCUACAUCCCAACACCUUUAUUCACCCCAAUAAGAACACCAAGAACAAGAGGGUACCGAGGUCACCUUGGCAAUAUGGUUCGAGCACAUGCAAAAUGAAUUGAAAACAGUUGUUAUCGUGGUCUGAAGGCCUAAACAUGGGUUAGGAUACGUUCGAGAUAGGAAAGUCUCACCCGGACAAGACAAAAUAGCUAACGCAUGAUGUACUUGGACUAGAAGCAAGACCCGCGUUUAGACUUUGGGUAUCACCGCCACUGGGAGGAGUCUUAUAAGCAGUGAUCGCGAGCUUGAGUAGGUGACGAUAAGGACGGAUGCGGUCCGUGACGAACAUGCCGUUGUUGCCGAGACCCGCGGCGGGGAGCCCGGCGACGCAGGAGGUGCUAAGGCGGUACCACAGCCGGCACAAGGGCCCGGGGCAGUGCGGCUCAGUCAACGUGCAGUACGUGUCGGCGCCGCUGCCAACGGUCUGGUCGCUGGUCCGUCGCUUCGACCGGCCGCAGGACUACAAGAAGUUCGUGAAGGACUGCGAGCUGAGCGCGGGGGACGGCGGGGUGGGCAGCGUGAGGGAGGUGACGGUGGUGUCCGGCUUGCCGGCGGGGACCAGCACGGAGCGGCUGGACACGCUGGACGACGACCGGCACGUCAUCAGCUUCUCCGUCGUAGGCGGCGACCACCGACUCAGCAACUACCAGUCGACAACGACGCUCCACGUGAGCGGUGGCGGGACGGGGACCGUCGUGGUGGAGUCAUACGUGGUGGACGUGCCGCCGGGCAACACGGCGGAGGAUACCUGCGUGUUCGCGGACACCAUCAUCCGGUGCAACCUCAGGUCGCUGGCGAGCAUCUCGGAGGAGAUGGCUGGAUCGCCAGCCGACGGCUGAGCCGAUUCCUCGGUUGAUGGUUACUUGAAGCGUGCAACCCGAGGGAAGAAAGCACGUGCUGCUUUCUACCGGUCUCGAUUGCAGUCUUGCGGCGUAAGGUUGUAACCUUGAGGGGGAACAGUAAAGUGCCACUGGUCUGUGUGUGCUUAUACUACGCGUAGAUGUACAAACGAUGCGACUUAGCGUAAUGCUCUUACGUAGUUUGGUUUGGUUUAAUGACGAUGCGA